UCUACUCCAGCCCACUUACUUCGGAUUUACUUGGGCUUAACGUGACCUUCGAAAAGCAUAAAACACUGCAGAUGUGAAGCGGAAUUUCUUUCCUUCCACGUUCUAGAAUGUUACCCGCACUCUAUUCCAGACAUCCUCGACGGGGCCUAGCUGCACUGCUCAGCCUCUUGAGAUGGGUGCAAGGAUUUCCUAAGCAGAAUGUUCAUUUUAUCAACGACACCACCAUUUGCUACCCUUGUGGGAAUUUCGUAAUAUUUAUUAAUAUUGAAACCAAGAAAAAGACUGUACUCCAGUGUAUGAAUGGAAUUGUAGGCGUCGUGGCAACUAACGUUCCUUACGAAGUUGUGGCUUUUUCUGACCGGAGGUUAAAACCCGUCAUUUACAUAUACAACUUUCCUGGAUUGACCAGAAGGACCAAAUUAAAAGGCAAUGUUCUUCUGGACUACACUUUACUUUCGUUCAGUUACUGUGGCACCUACUUGGCUAGCUACUCCUCUCUCCCGGAAUUUGAAUUGACCCUCUGGAAUUGGGAAUCAAAUGUCAUUUUGUGCAAGAAGUCACAACCUGGUGUGGAUGUGAACUGCAUGACUUUUAAUCCCAUGAACUGGCAUCAACUGUGCUUGUCAAGUUCAAGUGCAGUGACUGUGUGGACCAUUGAAAGAAGUAACCAGAAACAUUAUCUCAGAGAAAAGUCGGUAAAACUACCCACGGAGGACGGAGAAUUUUAUGAUGAAAUGGAGGUCAUCUUCCCCCAGUCACUGCCCAAGGACCUGAUCUAUGGACCGGUGCUCCCGCUGUCAGCCAUGGCAGGGCUGGUCAAUGAGGAUGCAGAAACCUUCAGGCCUAAAGAUGAUCUGUAUCCGACACUUCACCCUACAAUGCAUUGUUGGACUCCAACAAAUGACUUGUACAUUGGCUGUGAAGAAGGUCCUGUUUUGAUGGUUAGCGGAGAAACCUUACAAGUGACUCUACUUACUAGAACAGAAGAACAACUUGCACAGGAGCAAAUGAAUCUUUUCAGUCCAGUCACCAUGGUAUAUCAGAAGGGAGGCCUGAUUGCUUCUGGAAUUGAUGGCAUUGUGUAUUCUUUUACUAUGAAAGACACAAAUUACAAAAUGGAGGAAUUUCUUGUGAUUGAAGAGCCUGUGGAACAUUUGAUGUUUUCUCCCAGUUACAAAAUGUUGCUGAUUCAAACAGAAAAGGGAUCUGUUCAUAUCUACACUUUUGGUGAGGAGCCAACCUUUGAAAAUGUCCUACAGGCUUGUGAUGGAAAGUUUCAAUCAAUUGACUUCAUCACACCUGGAAAUAUACACUUCUUGACACUCACAGAGUCAGGGGAAGUUUGUGUUUGGAAUAUAGAGGAUGGUACCUGCAUCAGCAGAAUUUAUCUGAAUACUCCAGCUAACGUCCUCGCUUGCUCUCCCUCCUCGCUGUCUGCGGCCGUGGGGACCGAGGAGGGCUGUGUCUUCUUCCUUGACCUCCGGGACACCACGUCGCUCACGGUCGUUCACCAGGCCUUUCUCUCUGAGUCAGCUGUGCAGCACCUCCUCUAUGACCAACGAGGAAUAUAUCUAUUAGUUGGAACAUCAGUAGGAUAUGUCUUUGUUAUCAAUGCCAACCCCUCAAGCUUAUUUCAGAUUCUUGGAUUUAUAGAGGUGGGCAAAGACAUUUUACAAAUAUCCACAGUGUCUCUUUUGGAAACAGACGUAGUAGAAGUGAUGGUGCUUUACCCACUCCCAGACUCAGGAAAAAGCAGGGUGGUAUUAUUCACUCUGCCUAAAGUAUUGUCACAAGUUCCUCUACGCUUUACUAAUGAAAGAGGGAGGCUGAAAGAUGAAUUAAUCCGUACACUCCUGUAUGAGAUACAGCACCCCCUGUCCUCGGCAGUGCUGGACUUCCACAGUCACCAAAUAUAUGGCUUCUGCAGUCAGGUGCCGUACAUCUGCAGCUAUUGUCUUCCCGAAAAGGAACAUAGAGAUGUUUACGUUCUUAAGCCGUACCAAAAAGUGCAAAGCAGACAUUAUGGACCCGGAAUGCUCUCCCUGUCUCCGCAUGGAUUGUGGCUCAUAACAAUAGCUAAAUGUGGAAUUAUGUGUAUCCGAGAUAUUCAUACUUUGGAAACAUUUGUUCGGUAUCGGAGUCAUUCUCACCAGGGGCAUGGGAUUCAGUCGAUGAGAAUUUCAACAGAUGGACAAAACAUUCUGGUGAAUGGGAAAAAUGAUGGCACCCUUGUUUUCCUAAGAUGGAGGAGGUUUGGAGGAAUCUUAGCCAAUGAAAUUCUUGAAUAUUCCCAACAACUUUUAACUUUUCUGAGGGACAACAUGGAUGAGGAGAAUGAUUGUUUAAGUAACACACAAAAAGAAAACUUGGAUUUGGGAUCAGAAUCUGAACACACAGUACAAAAGGAGAGAAGGAUAAGCACUGACUCAUCACAAGAUGAAUCAUCCCAAGUUGUUGAUGUGGAGACACUUCCCUGGAUAUGCCAAAAAAGCCAAGAGGCCAUCAAAAAAGAGAUUGAAAAGUUUUCCAGUAAAAGGAAAGAGAUAAAAAGAGGAAUCAAAACACUUGUUAAAACUGUUCUGAGGAUGAUGGAAGAAAAUGAGACACUGGAUGAUAUUGCAAAAUUAGAGCCACAGGAAUUUGGUUUGGAUCUUGAAGAAAUACAAAGGCUUCAUGAGAAAAGUGAGGAAGAAAUAGCAAAGAUAAAAAAGGAUGCAGAGAUGCAUAACCUAGCCAAGAGAUAUUUAACUGAACUUAUCAAAGAAGAAUGUUGGUAUUCAAUGGCUGUAAAAGGUCGAACUCUUAAGUGCUUUCAUAUCCCCUGUGUGGUUGAGAACUUCCCAAUGAAAGAACGUUCCAACGAAGAGUUGAAAGAAUUAAAGAGAGUUUUGCAGCAAAAGAAGAUUGAAACAGAGUGCCUUAAACUCCGGAAGGAAAUUAUAGAAAUUCAGUCUUCACCUGGCUUGAGUAAGCCACAUCAUGAGGAGGAGGAUGAAGAGGAAGAAGAAAAUGUGGUUAUAAAAGACACCAACUUGCCAAAUUACCUGCUUGGCAGUCUGAGUACUGACUUUGGAGUAGAUGUUUCUUUAUUAACAAGCCAAUUGGAACUUCAUUCAAGAGAGGAGAAAAUCAACCAAAUAAUAUUGCUGAAAGAUAUCAUUUACAAGGUAAAAACUGCUUUCAACAAUGAGUUCAAUGCUGCAUAUAAACAAAAAGAGUUUGAAAUUGUGCGUGUGAAGGAAAAAAAUGUAAGACUUCAAGAAAUAAUUGUAGAUCUGGAAUUGGAAGAAUCAAUCUGGCAACCAGAAUUUGAUGAUUUUGAAAAGCCAGAGAGAAUCCUUGUUGUAGAAAAUAGUGAGAUAACAGCUCGCAGGCAUGUAAAUUCUUGGCAAAAAGACAAAAAAGGACUGGCUGUAUCUCAUGAAACAAAGCAAAGGUUGAGUCAGAAAAAUGACACAAGAUAUCGAGCCCUGAUGGACAUGAUGGGAGGAGUACUGGAAGUCAAGAAGGAAGACAUUUUAAGAAUGGUGAUUCCUCAACCUGCUUUCAUGGCAAAACCGGAUGCGUUGUGGACUGAAGAGGAAAGGAAACAAUUCAAAGAGUAUGAGAAGAAAGUCAAGGAGUUAAAUGAAGAAAGAGAUAAAUACAGAAAGUCCUUAGAAGCAGAAAUGAAAAAACUCCAAAACUCUAUUCAAGAAAGCACACAGAAUUUUGAUGAACAUUUGAAAAAGCUCUUUGAAAAGAGAGUGAAGGCAGAGAUGGUCGUUAGCCAGGAGGAAUUGAAAAUAAAUAACCUUGUUUUUUCUUUACUGUUGGAUGAAGAAAUAAACAGCAGAGAAGCAUGCCUGAACAACUACCUUUCAAGGAAGCAGGAGGAGAAAAACCAGACUGUGGAGGCUGUCCAGAAAGCUAGAGAGGACCUUGAUGUCUACAAGGAGCACCAUGACAACUUGCUGGCAGAAGACAAAGUUCUGGAUCGAAGUUUUAAAAAGGAAUUUUCUGAAAUUUCCAGUCAUCAAGUGGAAAUACUCUACAAGCUUUUUAAACGCCGACCAAGGAUUCACAAAACGAAAGUGCACUCAGAUACGACCUCUAUUAAUCCUUUUGGAGAGCGACCAGGAUCUGGGAAAUUGAAUAAGGAAGCCUUUGCCCAGUUAAUGAGAGCCAUGGAUGAGUUGGACAGUGUUCACAACAUGCCAGAAGGCUUGGACCCCUUGGUCUGGGAGCAUUUCUGCAUGAUCAGAAGAACGAAAGUGGAAAAUGAAUACAAAGUAAAACAGAAAGCAGCUGGCUUAAUGGAAAUGAUGAUUUUUCUCAAGAAGAGAAUUGAGGAUGAUGAGAAGGUGCAGCAGGAUAUUGACAAAGUGUUUCAUGAGUUCAGCGUAUUACAGGAAGAUAACUCGAGAUUCCAGUUGAAUUUGACAAUCCAAAUUCUCCUUAAACAAGGACAAGUAGAAGUGGAGAAUUUCCAGUUAUUGCUGGACUAUUCUGAUGCAAUUCUCAUCAACAAGAACAUAAUUGAGGACUUGAAUUCUGUGAUUCGGACUCAAGGACAAAAGAAAGUUGCUAGCAUGAUGGAAAGUAAAGAGGUGCACAAAGGAAUAUUUCAGAUUGAGUGGGAACAUAAGAAAAUGGAGAUGGAAAUGGAAGAUCUGAAUCAGAAGGCUUGGGAUAUUCAGACACUGUUUUUCUCAAGAGAUCGUCAAAAGUAUCUAAAUGAACCAAACUAUGAGACUCUGAUUGCCAUUCAGAUUGGAAUAAUGGAGCAAACUAUUGCUGUUUUAGAUAAGACCCACAAAAAGAAUGUGGAAAAUUGUAAAAAACUACUUAAAAAACUGGAAAAGUUCAGCAAUCAAAAAGAUGUAGCAAAUUAUCAUCUAAGUUGCAACUUACGAGAAGAGCUGGUGGCUAUCUCAGAGAGAAAAGACAUCUGUCAAGCCAUGGGGUCUACACUGACUUGUGAAAAGAUUGCCAAAGAACGAUAUGAAAACAUGAUGCAACAACAAAAGUUAACACAUAUUUCAAAAGAACAAGCUGAACAGAUUUCAGUACUGCAGGCUGAAGUUGAACGAUUGCGGAUGAAAACAUUUCCUGCUCUUGUUCAAAUGUGAAAAUGCUGCUGGGGAAAUAUAGGCCAAAUCAACAUUUAAAAAAUACUUGAACUGAUUAAGAUUUUUUUCUCUUUCAUAUCAAGAAAUUUUGGUAGAGUCUCAUCUUAAUUAUAGCAAAUUAUUUUAUUUUAGUCUUAACCAUUAUAAAAAUAUUAGCUCUGCAUGAAUAAAUGUAUAAAAUAUCAUGAAUUGUUUUUAUUGAAGAAUGAACAAGAUUAUAACUAGAAUGUGCUCCAGAUCUAUUUUAUUCUUAGUCUUAAUUGGUCUUAUUUAGUCUUAAAUGUAUAAGCCCCCUUAAGCUAACUCGUCAUCAGCAAAGACAUUCUGGAGAAAAAUAAAUUAAAUACCUAUAAAUUCC